ACAAUGCUUCCUAGUAAUGGUUUUAAAAUUAUUCUUGUUUCAUUAUGAGAUAUUUCGAAUUUGAUAAAAAGGAUAGUUGAAGAAUGUUAAUAUGCAAUUGGGAAAGCAUCUUCAGCUAACGUUGGCAAUAAUCAAGCCGCAUGUCAUUAAAUCUCCUUUUGUGCUUCAAAAAAUUCGAGAUUUAAUAAUUGACAAUGAUUUCAAAAUUGUCAGAUCACGUAGAACAAUAAUUACAGAAAAAGAGGCGGAAACAUUUUACAUGGAACACAAGGACAGAUUUUUUUAUAACAGGCUCAUAACAUUUAUGUGCAGUGGCCCAUCUGAUAUUCACAUUUUAGCUAAUUAUGAUGCUAUAGAUAAGUGGAGAGAAUUAAUGGGCCCUACAAAAGUUUAUCAAGCACAAUAUACUGCACCAGAUACAAUUCGUGGAAUGUUUGGUAUAUCGGAUACAAGAAAUGCAACACACGGAUCUGAUUCCACAAAGUCUGUAGAACAGGAGAUACCAAUAUUUUUUAAAGAUUUCGAUGUUAGAGAAUGGUAUAUAAACGAAGAAAAAUACUAUAACUUAGGUCAACUUAAAUUUGACCCAGUAGCAUUUUUGCAUAUUAUUGAUAAAAGUGUUACUAGUACCGAUAACAACCAAAUUACAUAA